UGAGAUUGCGCAUCGUGUAUUAAUACGGUGACAUGAGGUACGCUACAAAUGUAUUUUAGCUAUUUAGCAAGCUAUUGAACGUUGCUUUAAAUUGUUUUAAUUAUUUGUUUGGAAAAUAUUUACACAAUGUCAACUAAUUGAGGAAAUGGGUAAAAUAUAUGUGGGAAUGUUCGCUUACGUGUGUGCGCGCGUACAAACACAGCAAUGUUAGCUAGGAGCUAAGGUUGUGAUUGCAAGCUUUCUUUUGUAGUGUAACUAUUUCGCACUAUAGAUUCAAUAGGAGUCAUUUGGAUUCGAUAGGCGUAAUCUGCAUUUAAUCGUAGCCAAUUGAAUCUGUAUUCGUUCGUAGCAGCAGGAUUCGAAGCCAUAUUUAUUUCCUGAGUCGGAUCCGGAUUAAGAAUGUCCGAGUCGGAAUGGAUUUCGGAGCUCCCAUCACUAGUUCCUUCCCAAUGGCUGCAUCCUAUGCGGGUAAUUCGGGAACACAUACAGAGAUAAAUUGAAGAAGAAUUUCGGAGAAACAUUCAACAUGAAUGUAUAUUCUGGAAAGGAAAUGGGCGUGGGAUUUGCGAGACGAUCAUUCAAUAUAUUGGCUGGUAUUGGUUGAAUCCGUUCGUAGCGGCGGGGUACGUCCCGACACUCAUUUUUCUGACGUACUAGAUGGUUGCUACAGUACUUUACCGCGGCGUUGUAGGACCGGGUAUACGAAAUGUGUUGCCAUCCCUAGGAUUCCGUGUGAGCGCCGUACGUUCCCGCUACGAACGGAUUCAAUGAUACCAGCCAUUAGAUAGAUAUUAGAAGGUAACGGUGAUUUAGAGUCAUGCGUUGAAGAAGGUAUAGCAAAACCUGUGCGCUUUCCUUGUUAGUAUCUAUAAUAACUUCAAAUCACACACGUGUUCGUGGUGUGGCAAGGUACAAUUUGCCCCAAUAGGCGAUCACGCAUUGAACGAUUACGCGGUUACACAUGUGCUAAUAAACCCCGUGUCCAUCACACACGGGGUUGGGAUGUUAGAAAGCAUUUUUGAGUCUAGUUUCGAUAACUAUUAACACACGCCAAUGUACGUACCACUCGCUGCUACUACUACUACUUCUACUAAUGUGAAUGAGAUAAUUUAAUGUACAUUUACAUCAAAUGAUGGGGGGAAAAACGAUCAAAAACCAUGCGUCCAGCCACUGAAUGGCACAAUCCGUGUGCAAAACGUUUGCGUUCACAGCGAUGGGACGCUAUUCCUCCGUGCUGUUGCUGACACUGGCAGUAAUUGGCUUACCAUGCCUUCCCCUAUCGCUCGCCGUUGCCACCUGUACACCGGGCAUGGCGAUGACCUGUAUGCUGCCCAAGCUCAACAUGCUAACGGACGGCUACACCACACUUCGCAACAUUCCACCCGCCACGUACUACAGUGUGCGGGUCGAGAUGCUGCACCUACCGAUCAGUCCCUCGGGCGCCUUCCUAACCCGCAUGUCCGAGUUCUUCAGCAAGCUGGAGCUGUACGUAUACCACGAUCCGGUGUUUCAAAUCCCACCCGGGACGUACCUCUCCAGCAUUCAGGUGCUGGAAGCCCCAUCCAUGAAGCAGCUGCUGGUCGGUGCCGGUGAUAACAACGUUACCGAGCUCAUUAUCUACACCUGCGGACUGGAGCGCAUCCCUCAGACGAUCGGCAAUUUGCCGCUGCUGGAAGACCUUACCUUCACGGAGUGUGCACUGCGCAACUUCUCGCUCGGUGCGUUCGGCCAGAACCGGCGCUUGCGGGUGCUCGAUCUGAGCCGCAAUCAAAUCGAGACAAUCAUACCCACGGCCCGCGAAAUGCCACAGGCGAUCGAGUAUCUGUACCUAUCCUCGAAUCGGCUGGAAAACCUCGACAUGGCCGCAUUUAUCGGGCUGCCCAGCCUAUCGAUGAUUGAUCUGCGGAACAACAACCUCGCGAAGAUAGCGUCCGAGCAAACGGUCACCUGGUCCACGAUGGAGAUGCUGGACGUGAGCUACAACCGUUUGCGCACGAUCGAUCUGCAGUGGCUGUCGGCGCCGAACCUGAAGCGGCUAAUCUUGAGCAACAAUCUGUUCGAGAAGCUACCGGAACGGUUACGGCGCUUCCCCAAGCUGCAGCUGCUCGGCAUGGGCGAUAACAGGCUGGCGGGCGUGAUCGAUCUUGCCCCGCUGAACGGGCUGCCCGAGCUGAACUCGGUCGAUCUGUCCAACAACCCGACGGUGAAGGUUCUGCGCAGCUCACGCCCCAUCCGUCUGCCCGUGCUGGACUCGCUGUACGCGGAGUACUGUUCGCUGAAUCGGUUCAACACGUCCGGCAUUGAUCUGCCGGUGGUCAGCUUCAUCAGCUUGGCGCACAACAACUUCACCGCGGUGGCGCCGUUGGGACAAGCAUUCCCCUCCAUACAGUCGUUCAGCUUCUACGACAAUCCGAUACCGUGCAGUGUGUUGAAGGCGCGCGCGGAGCUGAUACUGUCGGGGAAGUUGAUCAUGGGUAUACCGCCCCUGUCGGCGAGCGAGUGUGCGAGUGGUUCGAUCCAGAUCUCCCCGUCGCUGCUGCUGUGCUGUAAGGCUUAAGGCUGGGUGACUUCUUUAACGAGAAUAAAAAAAAAUGGCUUCCUCAAAAGGGUAUCGUGGGGCGAAGAUCGUCUUUAUUCUACGCAGCAAAUGACACGCCCCGAUGGGAGCUUGUGC